AUGAGUUCGGUGGCUGCAGUAGAGGUUACCUCUGCACGUGGAGGGACAGAUUCUCAGAAGAGAUCGUAUGAGGGCGCUGAUGAGGAGUUGCUUGGGUUUGCCGCACGUGAAACGCAGGAUUCGCGUGGGCACGCGCGAAAGAAGAGAAGGAGGACGUACAAUGCGAUGACGCAAUACAGUCAGACAGAUACCUCUAUCGGUGGUCUCCCGACUCAUAUUGUACAGAGUUUCCCCGCUGGGUACAUCAAGAAAGUUGUUCUUAAGAACUUUAUGUGCCAUGAACAUUUCGAGAUGGAUCUGGGGCCGAAGUUGAAUUUCAUAGUCGGUAACAACGGAAGUGGUAAGAGUGCCAUUCUAACAGCUAUUACAGUAGGGCUUGGUGCCAAGGCGGCGGAGACCAAUCGGGGGAACUCUUUGAAAGAUUUGAUCAAGGAAGGCUGCCAUAGGGCUAAGAUUGCCAUCACUCUAGAGAAUGAGUCGUAUGGUGCGUAUCAACCAGACGUUUUUGGCUCAGAGAUUAUAAUAGAAAGGACCAUCAAAAGGGAUGGGACGGCUACUUUUUCUCUAAGGACAGAGACGCGUAACGUUAUCAGCACGAAAAGGAAGGAUGUUCUUACGAUAGUGGACUACUUCUCCGUUCCAAUAAGUAAUCCGAUGUGUUUCCUUUCCCAGGACGCUGCUAGGUCAUUCUUGACCGCGAGCACCCCGCACGACAAGUAUCUCCACUUCAUGAAGGGUACUUUACUUCAAGAGAUUAACGAUAACCUCGACCGCGCUAAAUUGAUCUGCGAGACUUCGCAGAAUAAUAUGGUGCUGCAUUACUCAAACUUGAAGACUUUGAAACACGACUACGAGGACUCGAAAAGGCUGGUUAAAGAAUUGAAUCAGACCUCCAACUUAACGGAAAGGAAACUGCUGUUACAGGGCAAAUCGUUGUGGUUGGAUAUCGAGCAUAACGAGAAAUCUGUCUCUACAUUGCAAGAGAAGAUUGAUGAAGUGAAGGGGAAAAUUAGAGAGGUUGAUGGGAAAAUUGAGGGUAAACAUCAGAAAAUCGAAAGGUUCAAAACUGACGCCGAACAGGUAACAAGCACAAUUGAAGCCAAAUUGGAGGAGAUUACCGAAAUUGAAUCAAAACAUCAGGAAGUAAGGGAGAAACUGAGAGUGGUAAGAAACAAAUUUGAAAUUGAAAAAUCUAACGAAAAGCAAGCACAAGAAAGUAUCAAGAAAUGUGAGGAAAACAUUAGGAAUUUGGAUGUCUCGAUCAAAAGACUGGAGGACGAACUACAGAGAGAAAUGGGUGGUGAUAAAGAACAAAUGAGGCAAGAGCUGAACGAAUUGGAGGCGAAGCAGGAACAACUUCUCUCAAAAAGCAGGGAUAUACUUCCCGCCCUUGAGACUCUCGAGAGUAACGAUAAAGCCCUUGAAAACGAGCGAGCAUCAGCAAUUUCUGAAGUUCAGCGCAUAAUAACAGAACGUACCGCAGAAUUACAGAAUAUCUCCAAAGGUAUGGAUAGUUUCUUGAGCAACUUUGACCCAAAUAUCGAAAUGUUGCUAAAGACAAUUAACCAUAAUAAACAUAGAUUCCGGGAAUUACCAAUCGGGCCGCUUGGUAACUACAUUUCUGUUAAGGACGAAUUCAAAGAGUGGCUGCGUCCCAUUCAAAGAUAUUUGUCAUCUUCACUAUCCUCCUUCGUCGUGACAAACGCGGCAGACAAUAAAUUACUUCGCCAAAUCAUUAAACAGUGUAGGCUAAGGACAAAUAUUCCAAUUGUCACUUAUAAGUUCAGCAACUUCAACUUCGAAAACGGUAAGCCACAGGGUCCCCACACCACUGUACUGGAUGUAUUGUCUUUUAAAGAUCCCAAAAUUUCAAGACUGCUUGUAGAUCUGAACAAGAUUGAAAAGGUUGUAUUAAUAAAAAACAAAGAUGAAGCAAGAAACUAUUUGAGGUCUGGUCCCAGAAAUGUAACUAUGGCGUUGGCCUUGAGAGAUGAAAAUAGUGGGUUUCAAUUGGUUGGAGGUUACCGGUUAGAUACUGUUUCAUAUCAAAUGAAGCUAAGACUUAAAGCUGGUUCCUCAGGCGACGGCAACGCUUCUUACAUAAAAGAGCUAAUUCAUCAAGAAGAACAUAGACUGUCACAGGUAAGGAAUAACUUCGAAGAGAAAAUCAAGGGACUUCAAACAGAUUUAAGAAAAAUGCACAUGAAGCACAGAGAUGUUAACAACGAAUUGAAGCUUGUAAAGCAGAAAAUAAGGGGGUUGAGGAUUAAUCUUGAUAAAGAAGUAGACACAGGUGUUUUGACCUCGAAAAAGGACGAGAGGGAAAAUCAAUUGAGAGCAAUCGAAAGUUACAAGCUUGGGAUAAAAGAGUUGGAAAAGACCAUAGCAUCGCUAGCAGAUGAUGCACAGCCACUAAAAAAUUUAUACGAUGAGGGCAAAAGAUCUCUCAUGAAGGCAAAGGAUGAAUUAUCAGAAUUCAAAGAGAGAGCAAGCAAGCGUGAGUCGAAAAUUGAAAAGCUCACCGACGAAAUCAAAUACUACGAGGGAAAAAAGCUGGACAUGCUAGAGACAAUUACCGGGAUUGAGCAGAAUAUAACUUCGCUAAGUGAUGGAUUGAAAAAACAAGUGGAAAGCGCAAAAAGAUUUUGUACUUUGGAGCAAUCCAACUCUGAAGAGCUGCCAAACGAUCAGGAGGAAAUCAAAAAAGAGCUAGACAGAAUAUCAAAAUCAAUACAGCGGGUGGAGAAUCAAAUUGGGUUUUCACAGGACAAGGUUUUGGAACUAUACGACAAAAGUAGAUCCAAAUACAAGGAGGGCCAGAAUAAGUACCUGGCUGUCCAUCAGGCUUUGGAACUGCUACAAGAAUCCAUAGAAAAACGUUGGCAAAAUUUCCACCAUUUAAGACACGUAACUUGUCUAGAAGCAGAUCUUGACUUCAGAUCCUCGAUCAGGGUUAGAGGUUUUGCAGGGAAUCUUGUAUUUGUCGAAGAUACCAAAAGCUUGGAAAUACAUAUAGUGACGGCAAAUGAUGAAGAGGCAAGAGAUGUGGAUACUCUGUCUGGUGGAGAAAAGUCAUUUUCUCAAAUGGCACUUCUGCUAGCUACAUGGAAGCCGAUGCGUUCACGGAUUAUCGCCCUAGAUGAAUUUGAUGUUUUCAUGGAUCAGGUGAACAGGAAGAUAGGUACCGCGUUGAUUGUUAAGAAACUAAAAAAUGAAAGUAGGACUCAGACGAUUAUUAUUACCCCUCAAGAUAUUGGUAAGAUUACAGAAAUUGAUAGUACUGGGGUGAAAAUCCACAAAAUGAAGGAUCCACAAAGACAAAAUAAUUCCAAUAAUACGGAUGGAAGACAGUAA